UAAGUUGGAGGAGUCAAAGACAAGAAGUUGUGAGAAGCAAAGAAAGUAGAGGAGAUUGGAGUGAAGUAUAUAAACUUCUCAAGUUUGAGUGCAAAAAAUAUCUGAUCCCUUUUGAAGAAUAAAGGUGCUAGUGCAUACACAGUCCUAAGAUUUCUACAAGAAAGUUAGAAAAUAUGUCGUAACACUUCAAGGAUUGGUCUGAAGUAUGUACAGUUAAAAUUAUGCUUGUUUAAUUGCUGAAGGCGUGUUUGAACUUGUAUGUAAGUUUGUGCAAUAAGCAAAGUGGGCAAUUGUUCAAAUGGUAGUCUUCUAAGCCAGAGAGCUCACAAAGGUCCUUGAGGUGUGAUGCUUCCCAUCUGUAGCAGAAAAAUAGGAAGGAUCUCCCCUGUUCUGUGGGCAAACAGCCAUGGUGUACAGUUCUGAUCCAUGAGUAAAGGUGGCAUGUAACACCCAGCUGGCUUUGGAGCUGGAGGAUAUAAAUACACUGGUUCCUCAUGAUGAGUUUUUACGUGUUGUGGAUAUGGAUUUAAAGAACAUUCUUCCUUUUGCCAUCUUCUUCCUGCCACUACUGCACAAUAGUAGUGUAGAUAAGUACACAGUGCUGAUGGCAGCAUGUGCUGCUCAUGCUUCAGAGGAAAACAUCUUGAAGACUGUAGAACUACUAUUGUCAAGGAAUGUCGACCCUAACCUUACUUGCAGGAGACAAAUGACUCCGUUGAUGUAUGCAGCUAGAAAAGGCCAUUCUCGUGUUGUUGGUUUUCUUGUUGCUCAUGGAUCAGACAUAAAUGCCCAAGAUGAAAAUGGAUAUUCAGCAUUAAUAUGGGCAGCACACCACGGACAUAAAAAUGUCAUUUUUAAGUUGCUGGAGCUUGGAGCUGACAAAAAUCUACAGACUAAGGAUGAGAAGACAGCAGCAGAGCUAGCAAAAAUCAAUAAACAUUCAGAGAUUUAUAGUUUACUCUCUUUGGCUGUAAAUCACUCGCAAGGGAAAUACCAUGAAACAAUUAAGCAAGAGGCUAUCUACAGAUUUCUGACAGCUGUCCCUGACCACAGAGUUGGUUCCUAUUCAACUUUUGAUGACAUGGAAGUAUUCUUACAUGGACUUGGUUUAGAACACCUAAUAGGAUUGUUAAAGGAAAGAGAUGUAUAUUUAAGGCAACUUCUGAUCAUGCAAAAAGAAGAGUUAAUACAGAUUGGCAUUACAAAUCCUGUAGAUCAACAGAAACUCCUAGAUGCUAUUAAUGAGCUACAAGUGGAAGAAAUAAGAAUCGGAGAUCUCCCUGAAGUAGUGAAGAUGGAAUUCAGUGGAGAUGAAUGCCUCAAGUUCCUUCAGAAGUUGAAUAAAGAGUGUAGCAAGCUGACUGUUCCUGUGCAGACCAUAAAUAAUCACUUGCUCAAAAAUUCUCACAAGAUAGUACUGCAGUGGGCGCCAACUGAAAGAUAUAUUGAAGUCUGCAGAGACAUGGUUCACAACAUUGAAAGGUUGGGAGAAGAAGUUACCAAACUGAAGGACCUUGUGGAGAAGCAUGAACAGAAGAAUGACCCCAGUCGAGUGUUAUUCCCAGAAAAACCACCCACCUUGGAAAAAAGAUUAGUAAAAAUGGGAGCAUUAACGUUGUUUGGGUUUGGUUUGUUCUUCUUUACAACUAAGUUAAUGGCAAAGAAAGGCUGACUUUUUUUUUUUGUGCUUUGAAUACUUUUGGAAAACUUGGUCAUAAUAUGCUUCUAUUCAGCAUAUGUAACUGAGCUGCAUUAAUAUGAAAAUUACUGUAGUUUCUCGUUGUAUCCUUAAUAUUUGUAUCCAGUACGUACUUUGGUCUAGAAUAAAGAAUAAAAUCUUAUUUCAAAGCA